UUAAAAAUUACUCGAAAAUGGUAACAGGGGCUUCAACACUUCCGAUAGUGUUCUUUAAUAGCAAAUACGCGGUGUAAAGUAUAAUGCUUGUUUAUAUUUAAUGAAUCUUAUUACAUGUACAUAUCAGUUCCAAGUCUUUUGCACUAUUUCCCAGUUUAGUAAGACGUAGGAUCAGUGAAGUUACGUACGUUCAGUUCUAUGAUUUUUCUAUUUAAAGACCCUUCUUCGUUUUGAUGAAUCGAUAAUUACAUUUUCCGAUAUGACACUCAAACGUGGGAUUUUAUUACGUGAAUGAUUCUGCUUGUCUAACAAUUCAGUUAGAAACAUUAAAAUGCAAAUCAUAGUUCCUAGUGAAGCAUUCUGACUGGCAAAUUAGACAAAUUUUGAGUGUCAUAGUCUGAAAUUCGUCAUUGCGGAUAGUGCAGAUUUACAAAAAGAAUCCAUAGCAAUGUUCGAAUGGGCAUACGACGGUGUUAAUGCUUCAAUACCACGCAAUGUGGGACCAGAAUGUGCAUAUUACCUAAGUCCAAAGCGAAGAAUCAUUGAAACAUUGGUCAUAUCAAUAUUCAUAAUAACCUUCCUUGUUUGGGGCUAUAGACGAAUUAAGUUGCCAACCAAAGUAUCAUAUGUAAAUCAUGAUUGUGUUGGUAGAAGAGUAUUAUUAAUUAUUAUGUCAUUAGUACUAGGAAUGGAAAUUGGUUUUAAGUUUACCAGCAGGACAGUUGUAUAUAUAUUAAAUCCUUGCCAUAUAACCACAGCUGUACAGUUGUAUUUACUGGCAGCAGAUCCUAGUCCUACAGUCACAGCUAUCUUCAGGAUACAUUUGAACUUUUUGAAUGGACCACUUUUAGCAUAUUUAUUCCCAGAGACAGAAUCUCGCAGAAUAUUUGCUGAUAAAGCAAUGUACUAUAUUCAGCAUGGUUUAAUGGUAGUGAUACCAUAUUACUUACUGAGGAUCGGAGGUGUGUAUAAUGUGGAACCUCUAUCAGACAUGAGCUGGUCCGUUUUCAGUUAUGGAAUAAAUUUAGCUUAUCAUUUCUGGGUUAUCCAAGCCAUUGCUUUGCCAAUACAAGUGAACCUUAGUCAUAUGUUAUGUGCAGCUAUUCUUGACCCUUUUGAAGGUCAAUAUUAUCGGGUAUGGACAUUUAUUCAUCAAGGAUUACUGUGCCCAUUGUUAUCCAAGUUAUUCAGCUUCACGUCGAAUUUCUUAUUAACGAAGUUUCCGCCAACUAGAGUAAAACCGACGCUCGAUUGCGUACUUGCAAAAAACAAUAAAGUGAAUGAUAAUGAGAAAUUAUAUGAAGAUGCAAAUACUUCAGGAAAUGGACAUACUCACGUAAAUUAGAUCAAUAUUUCGUAAUUCAUAAUUUCUGCUGCAAUUCAGUGAGUACUUGAUUUAAGAAAAUGGAUAAGUUUAUAUGUUAAUAAUGAAAUGAACACGAGGUAUUUUGUGUUUGUCAUUUAUGAAUUCGUAAUUGUACAGUCACUACCUGUAAAGAUCGAUGAUCCUUUUCCCAAAUAAACAAAUUUGUAGUUAUUUUUUCGCACUGUAUGUGUGAUUAUGGUGAAUAGGAACAGUGCAGGGCAAGUUAUAGUAGUAAUUAGGAAUUUAUAAAUCUCAAAUAUGAGUCCGUAACGAACUUUAAAUAGGUGCUACCAUUGCCGUGUAGCACAUUUUUUCCAUUUAGCGGAAGGAGAGUCCGCGAAUUAUCUUACGACAGAUUAGGAGAAUCUGAUGAUCUUGCAUUUUUGAUGCAUCUGUGAUUAGGAAUGUUAUUUGUAAAACAUUUCCUAUUUAAAAAUGCAGCAUUUGUGUUUAACAAUGUAGCGAUUAAUGUUUAACAAUGCAGCGAUUAAUGUUAUUUCAUACGCUAUAUUUUUUUUAUGUGAUGAUUUUUCAGUUUCAGUUUGAAGUAAUCCGUAACUAAAUAUUUCUAGAUAUAUUAUCUCUAUAGAUUAUUGUUAUAUAGAGCUUGUCAUGCAUGCUAUUUUUUUUGGAGUAGUUAAAGACUCACUUUCUUCUUUAUUGAGCUUAAAUAUAACAUUAUCUUAAUGCUUAAAAUAAUGUACAGUACCUGUUGUAAUUAGAAAAGGAGUAUACCAAUGAAUUGUGUGAUUUAUUUAUUUUAAGUUUUAAACAUAAUCUUAAUGUAUGUAUUUAUAUAUUUCAGUAUCUUAUUAUUUUUAUAGAAUGAUUUUCAUUCCUUAUUAAAUUCAUCCCUAUUCCAAUUAAGAUAAAGGAGAUUUAUUGUGAUAUACAUAUGUAAUGAUUAAUUACAUCAUGUGAUACAAAAUGAAAUAUGAAUAUACUAAUAAUUAAUAAAAGCACUGCUUAUCCAUUUUAAACACAUGUGAUAAAUUGUGUUAAUAGAGUGCAUGUAAUAAAAUAUUUAGAUUUAGUUACCCAACUCAUUCCAUAUUAUCAAUCCAUAAAAAUAGUGUUGCAAUGAUUUUAUGUAUACCAACUGCCAAAAGUUUUAUUUAUUACAAUACAUUUUCUCAUGCAACAAUUCAUUCAAAAGUUUUAAAACAUAUAGCAAAUAUCUGUAUGAAAAUUUAUAUGGAACAAUAUAAAAUUCAAAUAAGCAUCAAUAAAUUGUUUUAUAAUUCCUGUAUGUACAUAUAUAAGUAGCAAUUUUAUUAUUAUAAUAUUCGCUAUUUAAAUAACAUUAUCAUAUUUUUGUCGAAUUAUCAAAUCUUCAACUAUUAGUUAUAAAACAAAUAUUUGCUCAUAAUAAUGAAAUAAUGAAUUCAUAGAAUAAAUUUUAGAAAGUAUUUAUAACUCUUAUGGCCUAAUAACGAAGAACACUUCUUUCCGGUCCCAAAUUUGGUUUGUUAAAAUUUUUAAAUUAAAAAAUAUAUCCAUUUCGAAUUUUGUGAGUGCGUUGCUAUAUUACUAUUUUAAAAUGAAAGAAAAUGUUAUUGUAAAAAUGAGAUAUUUUGACGUUUUCGAUUACAAUUUUUAAUCGUGCGCACUUUUUAUCAACUAAUUCUUUUGUGUGGAAAAUAAACGUAAUCACGGAAAAACAUUGUGUACAAGCGAAAAAUUGCAAAUAAAGAUUCCAAUCUAUUCAUAAUGCCAUUGAUAGAGUUCCACACGAAAGGAUAUACACGAAAUCUUAAUAUUAUUUACAUUUUAUCCAAAACCGAAUAUUUAUAUCUAAUUUGCAAUUACAAAGGUUUGUGAAAAUUUUAAUUUUUUAUUUUCGAUAGACUAUCACAACAACAAAAAAAAAGAACUUUUAUAACAGUGAUUGUUUCGUAAUAUGAAUUAAAAUUUCGUAAUAUUAACAGUCAUUGGAAUGAUGCUGUGCAACAAGAAAUAUUUAACUUAUAUUUACUCUACAAGUCCAAUGACGAAUCACAAAUGUGCUAUGAAUGUAUAUCAGUUAAGAUAAAUGCUUUGAGUCACAGUGUUUCCUAAUAGGUUUAGUAAAAAGAAAUUAUAAUAUGUAUUAUGUACAGGAGGCAUUAUGUAUGUACAGUUAUAUCUCUUCAAAUUUACACCUCUGUCAUUUCUCUUACAUUCGAAUAAGCACUCGUGAUGAGAAUAGCAUAUAUGUAAGAUUCAAUGUUUUAAUACACCAAAGAAAGUUGAAUUCAAUUAAAUAUUUUCUUUCGUGGUAACAUUCAUGGUAACAUGGUAACAUUGAAUCUUUAAUAUAUGUAUAACUAAGUUAAUACUUAUUUAUAAGUUGCACAGUAAAAGAAAUGAAAUGUACAACAAAUUGGCGCUAUAUUUUUGUAAGCCAUGGAAAGCGUCAUUUUCAUAACAGUAAUAAACUUGUUGCAAAGGUACUAAACCUGGAGAUUCCCCAGAGAACAAGGGAUAAAAGAAACAUUACAUUUGAUCCUGAAUUAUAAUAUUAAAAUCAUGUUAAAUUGUAUGGGAUAUGAAGUGAAAGAGGUUUGUACGAAGUAUCUAUUGUAUAACUGGAUUAUAUAAAAGAGAAAUCAUGACAUGAAACACCCCUUGUUCUAUCUCUCUUUUAGAAGAGAAGCGUAAAGAUUUCUCAGCCAUUAUGAUUCGUGGUAUACAACAAUACAAACAUUAAAGCAUUAAAAUAAAAUAAUUUAUUUACAGA